AGGGUCGGGCCUGCGCAGUGGUCUUCGACUGCAAGUUCAUAGAGACAUCAGCAGCACUGCAUCACAACGUCCAGGCACUGUUUGAGGGAGUCGUGCGUCAGAUACGCCUGCGCAGAGACAGCAAAGAGGAUAAUGCACGUCGGCAAGCUGGUACCCGGCGACGGGAGAGCCUUGGCAAGAAGGCAAAGCGCUUUCUGGGCCGCAUCGUAGCACGCAACAGCCGUAAGAUGGCCUUCCGUGCCAAGUCCAAGUCCUGCCAUGACCUCACAGUUCUCUAGGGCCCCAUGGACUCUCACUGUGGUGGGCGGAUGGAUGGAUGGAUGGAUGGAUGGAUGGAUGGAUGG